AUGACCAGCACCAUGACCACCACCGUGACCUCUACGUUUACCACAACUGGCGCCUCCUCAUUGACGAGCUUCACCGCGUCCAGCACUUCUUCCCAGACCAGUGGCUCUACAAGCAGCAGCAUUACCUCGACCAUGAGCAGCCGUACUACUCUGACCACCGGGACAAGCACCACCAGCGUGACAUCUGCCACAUUGACGACCAGCACCGCGACUCGCAGUAGCACGACCAGCACCACAACCGCGUCCACUGGCACCGUGACCACAAGCAGCAUGACUUCCUCCACUACCGCGCACACCACCACCGCCGCCACGCGUUCCCAGACGAGCACCACUUCCGGGACCAUCAGCAGCAUGACCAGCACCACGACACCGCACACUUCCAGCCUGACCAGCACCAGCUUGACCAGCAACAGCCUGACCAGCAUCAGCCUGACCAGCAACAGCCUGACCAGCAUCAGCCUGACCAGCACCAGCCUGACUGGUACCAGCCUGACCAGCACCAGCACCACCGUGAGCAGCACCUCGGCGUCCAGUACCAGCUCAACCUCGUCUACUACCACUACGCCGCUUUACGUUGUAAGCAGUUCCAUAACUUUGGCAAGCUCGGGCACGCAAGACAAUGUAACUACGGAUACUGUCUGCUUAUCUCUUGGGUCUGUAUAA